AUGGCUUCGUCGAGUGGAGGUGUUCCACCGGGGUUUAGGUUUCAUCCAACGGAUGAAGAACUGCUUCAUUACUACUUGAAGAAGAAAAUUUCUUUCCAGAAAUUCGAUAUGGAUGUUAUUAGAGAAAUUGACUUGAACAAGGUUGAGCCAUGGGAUCUUCAAGAAAGGUGCAACAUCGGAUCGACGCCGCAAAACGAGUGGUACUUUUUCAGCCACAAGGACAGAAAGUACCCGACAGGUUCAAGGACGAACAGAGCGACGAACGCUGGAUUUUGGAAGGCAACUGGGAGAGACAAAUGUAUUCGCAACACUUCUGAAAAGAUUGGUAUGAGGAAAACCCUGGUUUUCUAUCGGGGACGAGCUCCACACGGCCAAAAGACUGAUUGGAUCAUGCAUGAAUAUCGACUAGAAGAUAAUGAUGAUCAUCAUGAUCCUCUCAAUCCCUCGCUCACAUCUCCUGAGGAUGGAUGGGUAAUUUGUAGGGUAUUCAAGAAGAAGAAUUUGUUUAAGGUUGGAGGUAACGACGGGUCAUCAAGAAGUAGCAUGGGAUCUGAUCAACUUAGCCAUGGUCCGAACCAACAUGGUUCAUUUCCAAACGCUAGAGUUGAUAACCAUCAAUACUUACCAUACCAUCAAGAACAACAACACCAAAAUCUACAAACCUUUGUUGAUUUAGGGCUCAACCAUGGUCACCUUCCUCAUUCUUACCCUCAUCUCCAAGCUCAAAAUUUCAUACCGACUCACAAACCUUUAGGUUACGAUUUUUCCAAUCUUCCAUCUGAAGAUUCACCCGUCAUGGUUAAACAACUAAUGUCUAACCAUGGCGACUGUGACAGUGGAAGCUGUGAAAAUCAGCUUCCAGUUGCAUACCAAACUUGUGAGCCUGGUUUGGAGAUCGGAACCUGUGAACCGGCUCAAAGCAUGGUAAAUGCAACUGGAAACGAAUGGGGGAUGAUGGAUAGACUAGUGAAUACUUCUCAUAUUGGGGCAACCGAUGGAGACGGGGAUUCAUCAAAAAGGGUGGUGAGGUAUGAGAGUAAUACAAAUGCAUCAUCGUCUUCAUCAAUGCAACAAAUCAAUCAAGUAUCAUUACAUGGAGAGAUGGACUUUUGGCGCUACGGAAAAUAG